AUGACCGGCGAAACCAGUGAAAAGCCGAAGAGCCCGGUACGGCCGAUGACAUCCCUAGAACUAGUCACCGCCCCCGUAUCAAUGCCAAACCAACCUCUGAUAAUCACGGAUAACCCGUUGUUGCUUGGUGACCGAACACCACUCAACACACCGAUCAGCGAAGUAUGGAGGCCAACACCUUCAUCCUUCAUGUUGCCACCACCUGAGUUUUCAACGAGCAACCAACAACUGGCGUCCGUUUUCACUCAAACAUCCAUACCGCCAACAAUCCAAGCUGCUUUUUCUUAG